UACCGCCCAAACUGUCACCUCGUUCACGCUUCCCAACGCAAAACCACUGCAUGCAUCGAGCCACGUAUGAAACUCCACGUUGUCAUAUCUCCGUCCAGGUCAUAUUGAAUUACUCUCGUGGGCCCCACUUAGAAAAGAAAAGAAGAAGAAAGAAAAACAUCAGACUAAAAACCUCACCGGUUCAACCGUUUUGUCAGCUUGUUGGUAAAUAAAAGGGACAACAGAGGGCAGUUUGGUAAUAACGAGAAAGACUUUCAGUUCCUAACAGACAGCUGCUACAAAGGAAAGGGAAACAAAAAACUACUCCAACCUGCCGUUUUACUCUGUUGUUUUUUCUUCUUCUUCACAACUUGGUCUGAAAGAUACAGCAUCAGUUCGAUGCAUUAGUAACGACAAUGGCAGAUUCCGAGAGAUUGACGGCUUUGAAGAAGGCUUAUGCCGAAAUAAUUCUGAACACGGCUAAAGAGGCGGCGGCGAGGAUAAUGGUAUCGGAGAGGAAGGCUCUCCGGUAUCAGCAGGAGCUGUUCGCGGCCAAAGAUGAGGCGUUGCGUAUGUUGCUUAGGUUGAAACAGAUGUUGGAUGCUAAGGUUAGUGAAGCAGAGAUGAUGUCCUUGAAUCAACAGAAAAGAAUUGAAGAGCUUGAAGCACAACUGGGGGAGGCUGAGGAUAUAGUUAGAGAUCUUAGAGCAGAGUUGAGAGAAGCACAGGAUGAGUUGGAGAAGCUGUCAAAAGACCCAGUGCAUUGUUUGGGCGAACAAAAAUCAAAAGAUGAUGUUGCUGCUUCUGUAGAGAUGUCACAGGAAAAUACAAACAACAAAUUUUGGUCUGUCAAAUCUUCUUUACCUGAUGCACAAACUAAUUUUGUGACAGUUUCUGACAUCAAGAGUUCAGUUCUGAGUGGAACAAAUGUGGAUAAUAAGUGUUCUUGUAAAGAUGAUUGCUAUGUUUGUAACCCUGAUUUUGCCUCCAUAGCGAUGAGACGAAAAGAGCCUGACCUGUAUAGAAAUGGAUGCACUCAGAGGAUUCGUGCACUUGAAAGGUGUCUGCUGAAUGAAAAUUUAUCUCUUUCUGUGCAAGUAGAUGAAGCAAAGAAUGAAAAUACUAGAGAAAGUGAAGAAGGUAAGGAUAUGCACACAAAACUUUCCUCGAGAGCUGAUAUGUGCAGACCAGAGGAAAAAACAAAUGAGUGCAAAAUGUUGCAAAGUGAUGUUUGCAACAUUAUCCAAGUUCUUCCUGUUAGUACUUUUUGCAGGAAAAGGAAAAGAGCUGCUAGAUCUAAGAAAAAUAAAGCUCCCUUAUCUAUGAAUAUACCAGUUCAGGUUGUAGCAACGUGUCAAGAAUCUUAUCUAUUGUGUCCUGAAAGUUUUUCACAUGUUGCUCAUGAUAAUGCUCAAUUUGGGGAAGAUUCUAGGAUCAUCAUACUUGAUGCUCAGAAGGGUCCUCAUUCUCCUAUCCCUAGUUUACCUUCAGAUGCAGCUAAAGUCAUUAUUGAAUCAGGAUAUGAAGAAGUUGACAAAGAUGAUAUGGAGUUUGGGAAAGCUUGUGAUCUCCAAAAUGACAAAAACAAUGAUAAAUUGAUGACAGAGAAAAAAGUGUUGACAAGGCAGGAAAGUGGAUCUACUGAAAAUUCAGGGGUUCCAUCUUGCAAAACGGAUCUUGAGAUAGUUGAUGUGUCUGCAGUAAACUCGGAGGUUAAAGUGUCUGAAAUAACUGAAGGGUCUUGUACUCAACCGGUAAAUAAUAAGUUUCUUAUGUACACAUUCCAAAGAAAGCGGAAGAAGGAUUCAUUGAGCAGCCCUGACAGAGAUUGCUCACUUGAUGAUGGCAUUUCACAAAGGAAGACAGAGGAGAAACAAAAUGGUUCUCUAGAUUCAGAAAAGUCCACAUUGACAACUGAAUCAUCUCGAGACAGUCGGCGAGUAGCACAAGUUGCUCGUCAGCUCAUAUCAUUAUCAGAAAAGAAGUGGCGGUAGUAGAUGUGGCUGUUUUGUGCAUUCAUACGGGGAUGCCAAACAGAAGCAGCAAAUUGGUCCAUUCCCUCUGUGGGUAUAGAGAUGUUAAGCCAGUGUUUUUAUGAAAGAAUGCUCAUAAGAAGAUAGAUGGGUGAACAAUGAAGAGCUAUAGGUCUCCGAUUAAUCAAAUAGUUAUAUCGAUUAUCGACAUUGUUAUAUGUCUUUAGUGCUGUUUUGGUGUCAUUAUUAUCAAGAUCUAACUGUGUUGAAUUAGCUUUAGUAAAAUGAUUAAACUUGCAAUUUUUGGUCACUACUCUUUGUCUUGAUACCCCUUAAAAGGAGGGUGGAUGCCCAACAGCCCGAUGCUUGGUUCUGGAACAUGUUUGCUGAACUGCCAUCUGACCGACAAAACAUGCAUUAUGCCAAUGAAAUACAAAAGAAUCAGGAAAGACAAAAAUACAAGACCCAAUGAUGAAAUGCUGCUUCUCCAUGGUAGUUGGCUAUUCCAACAUUUUACAGUGUUUUGAACUGCAGGAACCUUGGUUGUCAUUGUCCUUUGGAAGGCAAAACUAGAGUUGGUUGUUGAUCAAUGAUCAUCAACCCAAGGCUUUUGAAGUGGAAAUGUGAUCCCCUUUGUUGUGGGCUUGUCCCAUAACAUAUAUCAUAAGUUGGAGGACAUCAUAUUUGAUGGCUUAUUCUUUGCAGUCAUGAAAUGUGAAUCGUUUUAAAAUUGUUGACUCGAAUUUUUAUCAUAUUUCUAAAAAUAAUUUUACCAACUAAUAGCUAAUGGACGGUUACUGGUGAGAUAGUUUUAUUGUCCCUUUAAAAGCUUCAAGCUAUGGUUUUAUUGUCAUUUGACACUUUCAAGCUUUACGUCCAACUAAAUUUGAAGUUCUUUUUUUUUUUUUUGGGUUAUUUAAAAG